AUGUUUACAUAUUCACCAAGGAUACGAUGGCUUGAAGCUUCAAAUUAUGAAUAUAUUUUAACUACAUCAAAACAUAUAAAAUUAUUUUAUACUGUUGAAGAGAAUGGUAAAAAUGAAGUCAAAGAGAAACCUGUUCAAAUUAAACGUCUUUCUGGUGAUAUUUUAUGUUCAUCUGACAUAUGUAAUGAACUUUUUGCAUUUGGAAACAACCGUGGUUGUGUUUAUUUAACAGAUCUUGAAGAUCCAUUACAUAGGAUAGUUGAUAUUAGACCAGAAUAUAGCAGUAUUGAUGAUUGUUUAAUUCGGGAUAUAAAAUUUAAUCGUGACGAUCCAAAUGUUAUUGGUGUAGCUGCUGACUCACUUCACCCUGAACACCCAGGUUCAAUUGUAAAUGUUUAUGAUUUAGGAGAAUUUUGUCAUGAAAAUGAAGGCCUUCCCUGUAUAUAUAAUGCUUCUUUUGGUCAUCGUAUAUUGUCAUUAAAUUGGGUAGAUUCUAAUCGAUAUUUAGUUUCAUCUUCUAAUCAAAUGGAAAUUUAUUCAAAAAAUUGUAAUGAUCAAGUUAUUGAAAAGUUGGUUGUCGAUGAACCUAUAAGUAAUGUGAUAGUCGAACCAAAUCAAGGUAAUGGAUUAGCUUGUUAUGCUAAUGGAAAAAUUCUUAUAUAUGAUUUACGAAGAUUUAGACAACCAGUAUAUGUUAUUGAUAUGGAUUUUUCAAAAGAAGAAAAAAGUAUGAGAAAUUUUAUUGAACUUGCAUGGAAUAAAAAUUCAAAUUAUGAUUUAACUUUAUUAUAUCAAGGAUAUCCAUUAUAUAAUAUUACAUCAUUUACAUCAAGUGAUUUUUGUAUAGAAAAACCAAUUUUAAAAAAUAUAAAAAAUUAUGGAAAACAAGAUAUUGAACAUCCAUAUAUAAUAUUACCUGUACCACUUAAUCAAGAUGAAAGUAUUAUUUCAUUUGAUUGGCAUCCUAUUAAAAAACAUCAAUUAAUAACAUUAUCAUCAAGUAAAAAAAUUUCUAUUAAUUCAAUUGAUUUAAGGGGUACAGCCCAAAUUUGCCCAACUAAUAAAAUUAUAUGUACAUCUUUUGACAAUGAAAUAUUAAUAAAAGAAUCUCAUUUAUAUAAUGAUAAUAAAGUACAACAUGAUAAUAUAAUUGGAAAAAAGAAAAAAAAUAGUUUACAAAAAGAUAUUACUGAUGUUAUGAAAAAUCGAGCAAUUCAAGGAUUUGGAUAUGGUGAAAGUGAUAAUCCUUUAUUAUCAUGUAUAUCAAAAAGUCUUUUAGUAAUGGAAAAUGAUAAUGAUAUACCUAAAGCACAAAAACGAGAUCUUAUGAAUGUAUGGAUAUGGUUAUCUAGAAUGACAGUACGUGGAGUUGAAAAUGAAGUUGUUAAUGAUAAAUAUAGAUCAAAGUUUCCUGGUAUGAUAGAAAUUGCUGAAAAUGGUAUGGGUAGAGAUUUAUCAUACUCUACUGGUCCUCGUAUUAAAAUAGAACCUAAACCAAAAGAAACAAAUAGUCAUGUAACAUCCUCAUCAUCAGAUGAAGAUGAAGUUGUCAUAAAAUAUAAAUUUUUUCAACAUCCAAGAAGAAAUGAUAUUUUAAAAAUUUGUGGUUGGCCAACAGUUGAUGAUGUCACAAGUCAAGAAUAUCUUUCAUUAAAAUUUGAGCAAGAUGUUUGUGAACUUCCACGAUCUUUAACAAUUGCAGCAUUUUCUGGAAAUUUAGAUCUUGCUAAAGAAUUAAGUUCAAGAUUUAUUAGUGAAGUUGAAACAAGAGAUGAUCAUGAAAAAUAUUUAGUAGUAUUAAAAGAACUUGAUAAAAUUCUUCAAAGUGGUGUUGGUAAAAAAUUAAAUGAUUGUGAAAUGUUAUCAAAAGUAAAAUAUUAUAAUCAGUAUUUAAUGGCUCUUUUGAUAUUUGUUUCUGUUAGAAAAUCAAAAGACAAUGAAAAAUUUAAAGAAAUUUUUGAGCUUGAACAAAUCACAUUUUUAGAUAAAAUUGCUUUUGCAAGUUUAUUUUUAACUGAUUUAGAAUUUUUUCAAGAAUGUGAAAGAAUAAAAGAAUCAAUGACAAAAAAAGCACAAUUAUCAGCAUUGAUUAUGAUGGGAUUGUAUAAUGAUCAAGAGGUUCAUCAAUUAUUUCAUAAUUAUAUAGAUCGAACUGGUGAUGUACAAAAUGCAGCAUUACUUCUUAUUCUUGGUGAUUGUACAGAGGAAGAAUUUGUAUAUUUUGAUAAAAAUUCAUUAAUGUUAAAAGAAAGAGAAAUAUCUAAUAAAGAACGUCAAAAAUCAAUUGUAAAUCCUGACUUAUUUUUAUAUGAAAUAUAUGCUAAAAGAAAUGUUGAAAGAAGUUUAAUUAUAAUAAGAUGUUAUAUGGACUUACUUAAUUCUUGGUCAUUAUACUUAAAUAGAACAUUUUUAGGCUGCCUUUCAAAAAGUAUUCGUUCUGUAAAUUUUACAAAAGAAAUUAAUGAUCAUUUUGUUUCUCCAACUGGUAAUCCACCUCAGGUAACAAUAUGCUGUAAUUUUUGUAAAGAACCAAUUAACAAAGAUAAAACAAAAGAUUCACAAAAUGAAAGUGAUAUAAAACAUCUUUCUUUGUUUAAACAAAAAGAUAAAAAUAGUGAGGGUCGUUCAAUGUCAUGUAAAAAUUGUAGAAAACCUUUACCAAAAUGUUCUAUAUGUAGAUUACAUUUUGGAACUCCAAUGCAUGAAGACGAUAAAAAUGAUGAUGAGACAAAUUCUGAUAAUUGGUUUACUUGGUGUACUAAUUGCUUACAUGGUGGUCAUAAGAAACAUUUAGUUAAUUGGUUUCGAGCUUUUGAUAUAUGCCCUGUUUCCGGUUGUGGAUGUCUUUGUAUCAUGAGAGAUAAGAAUGUUUAUAAAAAUUACACAAAAUAUAGAGAUUCUUUUUAG